AUGGGCUCCACUCAACCCGAAUUCAAGAACGCGGCUACUUCCACUCUUUUCGAGUUGGUGAAGGCUCGCCGCACAUACUACGACCUUAAGGGCGAGAGCCCCGUCUCUGACGAUGUCAUUGAUCGCAUUGUUCAGGACGCCGUUCUCCACGUUCCCAGCUCUUUCAACACUCAGACCUCCCGUAUUGUCCUCCUGCUGAAGGAGGAGCACAAGAAGGUGUGGGAUAUCGCCCUUAAUGCCCUGGAGGGUCUGGUCGCUGCUGGCCACGUCCCCAAGGAAACCUUCGAGAAUUCCACCAAGCCCAAGCUGAAUGCCUUCCGUGCUGCCUAUGGAACUGUCCUUUUCUUUGUCGACUAUGAGUCGCUCGCUUCUAUCAAGGAGAAAUUCGCGAUCUACGCCGACAAGUUCGACCCCUUUGCCCUGGAGUCGAAUGCUAUGUCUCAGUACCUUGUCUGGACUGCACUUCAGUCUGAGGGCUUCGGCGCCAACCUUCAGCACUAUAGCCCCCUCAUCGAUGAGCAGAUUGCCAAGACUUGGGACAUCCCCGCCUCAUGGAAGUUGGACGCCCAGCUGGUCUUCGGUGUUCCCAACUCUGGACCCGGUGAGAAGGCCUUCGCUCCUAUCGAGGGCCGCUACAAGGUGUUCGGCAAAUAA